AUGAAGGCCUAUUCUCUUUCCAUACUCCUUGGUGCCAUUCUCUCUCGUUCUGAUGCUGCUGAGCAAAAGCACGUCGAUGAAGCCUGCAAUGAUGUUUCGGGAAUCAUCGGAUGUAGUAGCACUGUUUCGUAUCCCGACUACCCGAAAGCCAUUUAUGACAUCAACGGCAAUCAGAUUGGUACAGAAAUUGUGCCUAAAGACGUGGAUAUCUGUAGCGCUGUCAACGAGGCACUUGGCAGCGACGACUUUGUGAAUAACGCCGAAACUUAUUGCUCUUGUCUCUCAAAUGCCAUUUACUGGGGCACAAUUUCGAAUGCUAAACCCAGUUACGAUGGUCAGAUCAACGCGCACUUAACGGGCCCGUACCUUGACUUGAUAUCCAGGGAUGAAACAUGUCUUUCCGAAAGCGGAUACAAAAUAGUAACAGACAGAGCAUCGGUGGUUGGGAGCCAGUUUGCGGCUACAAAUGGCUGGACUUUCAUACGAGCCCCCGAGAUUGAUGUGGCAACCUACAAGAGGCUCGCCAAAGCAGUCAUGUCCUGUUAUACCGGAACAUGUGACGGACCGAAAGUUCGUGCCUUUUUCGCCAGCUACGUUCAAAACUCAUACAGCGUCACCGAAAGCGAUUUUGUCCGGAUGCUCAACAAAUGGGUUUCCUUGUUCGAUACUCUCAAGAAGAAGACAACAGAUGUUCAAACCUAUUCGAAGCAAGUUCAAGCUCGUCUCAAGACUGUUUCCGCCAAAGUCAACUCAGUCAAGGCCAAUGUCUGCAAAAACAAUGCCUGUAAGGGAUCGACACCGGCCAACGCGUUCAAGAAGUAUGCAAGCACGAUCACAACAGUCAAGAGUCUGCAAGGUGUUCCUAGUGCUGCAGGGAAGUCGCUUGCAAACAUUCCUAAGAUGACGCUGAUCACGCGGAAUGCCGUCAAGUACACCACAACUCCGGCAGAUGAGGCAUACUAUCUCAAGUUGAUGAAUGAAUAUCACAUCAACUCUCUGAGAGACGUCAUCAAGGCCUUCAGGGUGACUCAAUAUCUUCCCCAGGCAGCAGAAGACUUGAAGAAGCUCACUGGGACUUUCAACCUCAUCAGCAACCAUGCAAGCACUGCGAAGACUGCUGCUACGUCCAUCAAUCAGAUCCUGUCUGUCAAUUGGGCUAAAAACGCCCAGCUUUCCAAGACGGCAUCUGGCCGCAAGGUCCGUGAUGGUCUUAUCAAUAUCCAGAAGAGCUUUAGGAAUGAUCUGAAAGGCCCCCUUGACAAUCUCAUCAAGGCCAACAAAGCAGUAGAAGACAUUCUCAUUCAGCUACCUCUCCGGAAGAAGAGACUUGAAUUUUCUUCCGGUGGUGUCUCUUACAACCGCUGGAUCAACGCUCAAAUGCCUGUGCCGUGCAAGAAAGAGAAGACAUAUUCACGGACCAUCGGGGGCUUUCCGGCGAGUAUGCCCUACGAGGAAGUCCAGGCUUGCGAGUUCGGUCCGCAAAAGGUUUCAUUCAUUAAAACGGUCAUUCCAUAUAUGAAGUAUCGCUUUGUCUGA